UUUGUUUACAUUUUGUUUCAGGAUUUUUAGGAUAAUAAACGAAACUUAUUCAGCAAUGUUUAUGUGCCAAUACUUCAUGACUUUGGGAUCGGCUUGCAGCCAAUUAUAUCUUUUAAAAAUUAGUACAAACGGAGUUGAUUCGAUGAAAGCCAUCUUAACAUUAGCAGUGAUUUUUGCGCAAUUUGCAAUUUAUGCUUUACCGGCUGAACAAAUUGUAACGGAAAUUUACAAUUUAGCUUUUGCUUUAUACUCGUCAUCGUGGCAAGAAAUUCCAUUAAACUAUCAAAAAGAUGUUAUAAUUAUGAUAAUGAAAAGUCAAAAUCAAGGAUAUAUAAGUAUCGGGGGAUUAUUUGAUAUGAAUAUAAAAACAUUUGUUUCUGUUUUUAGAAAAGGAUUUUCUUUUUAUUGUUUAUUAGAUAACUUAAUUAACAAAUGAUGAGUGUUUAAAAACCUUAAUGCAGUAUU